ACAGCUCCACUUGGCUUCUGCACUACAGUGAGGAUGGCCUCAGUGUCAGUGAGCUCUCGCCUCAACAAGGCGUUGUGGCAGCAGUACCUGAGCCUCCCACAGAGCGGCAAGUGUCAGGUCACCUACAUCUGGAUCGACGGCACCGGCGAGGGACUUCGCAACAAAACACGAACUCUGGACAAAGAGCCACAGACAAUAGAGGAUAUUCCUGAGUGGAACUUUGAUGGCUCGAGUACUUACCAGGCAGAGGGCUCCAACAGCGACAUGUACUUGAUCCCAGUUCGCAUGUUCAGGGAUCCCUUCACCUUGGACCCAAACAAGCUGGUCCUCUGUCAGGUGCUCAAAUACAACCGCUUGCCUGCAGAAACAAACCUUUGGUCCAGCUGCAACAAAGCGAUGGAGCAGGUUAAAGAUCAGUGUGUGUGGUUUGGCAUGGAGCAGGAAUACACUCUCUUGGGAGUAGACGGACAUCCCUUUGGUUGGCCUGCAAACGGAUUCCCACGACCCCAAGGCCCGUACUACUGUGGAGUGGGGGCAGACAAUGCUUAUGGACGGGACAUCGUGGAGUGCCACUAUAAGGCAUGCCUCUAUGCAGGGGUCAAAAUCUGUGGCAGCAAUGCUGAGGUUAUGCCAUCUCAGUGGGAGUUCCAGGUGGGACCCUGCGAGGGCAUUGAGAUGGGGGACCAUUUGUGGGUUGCACGCUUCAUACUGCACCGUGUCUGUGAAGAUUUUGGGGUCGUCGCCUCUCUUGACCCUAAACCAAUUAAGGGCAACUGGAACGGUGCUGGUUGCCAUACCAACGUCAGCACCAAGGCUAUGAGGGAACAAAACGGACUGGAGUACAUUGAGCAGGCCAUUGAGAAGCUGAGCAAGAGGCACACGGAACACAUCCGUGUGUACGACCCCAAAGGCGGUCAGGACAACAAGAGACGUCUCACGGGUUUCCACGAGACCUCCAGCAUCAACGACUUCUCUGCUGGGGUGGCCAACCGAGGCGCCAGCAUCCGCAUCCCUCGACAGGUGGGCCAGGACAGGAGAGGCUACUUUGAGGACCGCCGGCCCUCAGCCAACUGUGACCCGUACGCCGUGACCAAGGCCAUCGUGUGCACCUGCCUGCUUGGUGAUGAGGGAGGAGAGGAAUAAGAAAAAACACAAACAUUAAAAGGUGCAGCCGGCCGUCCCUGCAUUGUAGUCAAGCAAGAUCUAGAAAUGCUCAUUUACCCAUUAUUAUCAGAAGUUAGAAAAAAGUAGACACUUGAAAACUUGUCUUUGGAAGAUGAAAGAAAGAAGACUGUCAGACUCAAUGUCAUGGAUGAUGUUAUUGUAUUGUGCGAUUGUUUUGCUUUGGUGUGUUUUAGACAUUUAAGCAGAAGUACC